AUCAAGGUACUGAGAAACAUGAAGGAGCUGGUACUUCUGGGAUUACCGAUCAGGAAAAGGAGUUGUCGAGCAGUGCAUUACAAGCUUUUCUGGCUGGCAACUAUGAUGCUUGUUUACAACACCUAAAUACCCUUCAAGACAUAAACAAAGAUGACUACAAAAUAACUUUGAAUACUGCUGUUGCAGAGUUCUGUAAAAGUAACCAGACUACAACAGACAAUUUGAGACAAACCCUUAACCAGCUGAAGAACCAGGUUCACUCUGUUGUUGAAGAAAUGGAUGGUUUAGAUGAUGUUGAAAACAGUAUGCUUUACUACAAUCAAGCUGUUAUUCUGUAUCAUCUGCGUCAGUAUACUGAAGCUAUAUCAGUUGGGGAGAAGCUGUACCAGUUCAUAGAGCCCUUCGAAGAGAAGUUUGCCCAGGCUGUCUGCUUCUUGCUUGUAGACCUAUACCUUCUAACUUACCAAGCUGAGAAAGCCUUGCAUCUGCUUGCAGUUCUGGAAAAAAUGAUUUCACAGGGCAACAAUAACAGCAAGAAUGGAAAAAAUGAGUCAGGUAAUAAUACAAAUAAAGAUUCCUCGAAUCAAAAACCUGAAAGCGGAGCUUUAGUAGAAGUUGCUAAAUCUAAGAUACAUCAGUAUAAGGUGAGAGCUUAUAUCCAGAUGAAGUCACUAAAAGCAUGCAAAAGGGAGAUCAAGUCUGUUAUGAAUACAGCUGGGAAUUCAGCUCCUUCUCUCUUUCUUAAGAGCAAUUUUGAAUAUUUGAGGGGCAAUUAUCGUAAAGCAGUCAAACUUUUAAACAGUGCAAACAUUGCUGAACAUCCAGGCUUCAUGAAAACAGGUGAAUGCUUAAGGUGUAUGUUCUGGAACAAUCUUGGCUGCAUCCACUUUGCAAUGGGAAAGCACAAUUUAGGAAUUUUUUACUUUAAAAAAGCCUUGCAAGAAAAUGAUAAUGCAUGUGCCCAGCUAGGAACAGUCAGCUCAGAUCCAGGUAAAAAAUUUUCAGGGAGACCCAUGUGUACACUACUGACUAACAAACGGUAUGAGUUGCUCUACAACUGCGGAAUUCAGCUCUUGCAUAUUGGGAGGCCCUUAGCUGCCUUUGAAUGCCUGAUUGAGGCAGUCCAGGUUUAUCACUCAAACCCUCGUCUUUGGCUGAGAAUAGCAGAAUGCUGCAUUGCUGCCAAUAAAGGGACAUCAGAACAAGAGACUAAAGGUCUUCCAAGCAAAAAGGGAAUUGUGCAAUCUAUAGUAGGUCAAGGCUACCACCGUAAGAUAGUCCUAGCAUCCCAGUCAAUACAGAAUGUUGUUUAUAAUGAUGGGCAGUCCUCAGCAAUACCUGUAGCCAGUAUGGAAUUUGCAGCGAUCUGUCUAAGGAAUGCCUUGCUGCUACUCCCAGAAGAUCAGCAGGAGCCAAAGCAAGAAAAUGGAUCUAAAACUAGUAAUCAGCUGGGGGGAAAUACAGAAAACAGUGAAAGCAGUGAAGCAUGCAGCAAUAAAAGUCAUGAAGGGGAUAAAUUCAUUGCAGCUCCACCUUCUUCACCUUUGAAGAAACAGGAAUUAGAAAAUUUAAGGCAA